GCAAUGCAACAGUCAUUCAUUUUCUGUCAGUCAAGUUGUUAUUCUCUUUUGUGUCUGAUUGUCGAGCGUUUUUUAUUAUUAAAAUUAUCGGGAUAACCUUGGAAAUCGAUGUGAGUGAUUACAAAUUUACUUAUUGAACUUUAAUCAUCAAUUUAUCGGAAUGGCUACUCCCGCGGACCUACGAUCUGCGUUUGAGAACCGAUUGAAAGAAGGUAUACCUAAUCCGCCGGGCGAAUUCCAUCCUUUGGACUUAGAACGGGCGAAGGACGAUAAAUAUUUAAAGAGGAUCUUGACUCACGUUGAUAAUGACCUGAAACAAGCCUCGGAUAUGCUCUGGGACCUAAUGGUGUGGCGAAAAACGGUUGGAGCUAACGAUAUAAAUGAAAGUACUGUAAGAAUGGAUUAUCUGAAAGAAGGUACGUUCUUUCCUAGAGGCAGAGAUGUGGACGGCAGUCUUCUUAUGAUAGUCAAAGCCAAAAUGCACGUGAAAGGCCAAAAGGAUUUUGAGGAAAUUAAAAAAAUUAUUAUAUACUGGUUGGAUAGAAUUGAAAGAGAGGAAAAUGGUAAAUGCGUUACAUUAUUUUUCGAUAUGGAAGGCUGUGGCUUAGGAAAUAUGGAUAUGGAGCUAAUAAAAUAUUUGAUAAGUAUGUUCAAAUUAUACUAUCCACUGUUUCUGAACUAUAUUGUUAUUUACCAAAUGCCUUGGGUGUUGUCGGCUGCAUUUAAAGUUGUGAAAUCACUGUUGCCGGCCAAAGCUGUGGAGAAAAUGAAGUUUUGUUCAAAAGAUAACUUGAAGGAUGUUGUUCCUCCAGAGCAGGCUUUGACAUGUUGGGGUGGCAAAGAUUCCUACAAGUUUGAAUUUGUUCCUGAAAACCGAUCUGCUGAACAAAGCACAAAAAAGGUCACCUUUGCUGAACAAGGUGACAGUCAUUCACCUGGGGAAAUGCUCCGAUUGAAUCCUCAUGAUAUCAUUGUAUUUAAAAAUGAUAAUGACGAGUUAUCAGGUCAAUUCACAAUCACAAAUAUGGAUGAGAAUGCUGUUUCAUUCAAAAUAAGAACAACAUCACCAGAAAAAUUCCGUGUGCGUCCCAGUUCUGGCACGUUGCCAAGUGGUUCAACACAAACAGUACUAAUAGUGGUGCAGCCUGGUUUCCAACUACGUACAGUAACAAAAGACAGAUUCCUUGUUAUGUCUAUUCAGAUACCGAAAACUGAUUUAACACCAAAAGAAUUGGCUGAUUUCUGGCAAAAUUCCAUUGGUAGCAAAGUUGAUGAGUACCGUCUGAAAUGCCAGUUUCCAGAGAAAGCCUUAUCAAGGAAUGGUACCGUAUUGGAUGGCAAAGGUCUGGAGAAGCAAGAUUCUGUUACAAACGCAUUAAAUAAUUUGCAAUCAAACUAUGAAUUUCUACAUAGGGAUGUUAAAAGGCUGAAGAUUUUCCAAUUCCUAACUCUCUUCAUGACGGCAAUUGCAGUUGUAUUAGGCUAUUUGGUAUACCUGAACACAAACGCCAACGGAGGGUACUGCGAGCGAAUGUAGCCUUUAAAGCUAGUGGUUUUAAAUACCACUAUUGAAGUUGAGAAACUCUUGAACGGGCUUUUAUUCAUAGUACUAUUUACAAAUACUGUUAUGUUUUUGAUUUAUUGUCAGUUACUUCAAAAAGUAGACCUUUUGCACUCUGCAAUGUAAAAAUUGUCAAUGGUUUGCGCUGGUCUAUGGUAUUAAAAUUUAGGCAUGUACACAUCAGUGUGCUUUUUCAAUUUAUCAAUGUGAUAGGAUAAUGAUAGCGAGGGUUAAUUCUUGUAUAAAUGUAUAGACAAGCCACACAUUAAAUAAUAUAAUAAGGACAUAUCUCUUCUACACUUUCUUAUGUAUGAUGAAAGGGAUGCUGUUUCCAAAUUAUGUUUUAUCUGUGUGGUUUUGGUAAUGGAUAUAAUUAGGUAUUUUUCCAAAUUGUGUAUUUAAUAGUAAUUUAAAUAGGGAUUAAGAGUUCGCGGGGCGAAUAAAAUUAAAGUUAUUUGUGUAAAAUAGUGUUGCCAGAUGUCACUUUUUUUUGAUAGGAAAUUGAGCUUCAUUAAGACUUAACUAAGUGGCACAUAAUAUCGGCUUUUGGGAUACAGGCUUUAGUAUUUGGAUUUUCCAGACCUUUUUUCCUCUCUCUGGCCUUGCAACCUGGCAACCCCUUGCAUACAUAGUUUAAGACUUAAGUAAGCCUAAUCGAUGUUUAGGUAUUCCACAUGUAGAAAAUGUUCCAUUAUGUCGUUAAAUGUUGUAGAUAAGUGGGUAGAUUAAGAAAAUAUUUAUAUUUGUACUCUUUUCCAUAUAGAUUAGUCGUACGGACAGGUAUGUAUAGGCACCUAUGUAUAAAAAAAAAUUGAAUAGAAUAGAUUUAUUUUCAAAAUUGGAUACAAGGUAUCACUUAUUGACUCACAUCACUUAAAUGGAAUUAUAACUAAUACCGUUUCCAAAACGCAUGUGUAUAAGAAGCGGCGGAACAAACUACACUGCAGCAUAUGCCCCAUAUUUGUUUUUGUAUCAAAAUAAUUUAUUAAUCUUGUACCUAUAAUAGAUAAUUUAUAGGCUUCAAACAACUCCAUGAAUUGAAAAUAAAAAAAAAACCCAAGUUUAUAAGUCUAUCCCUUAGUCGCCUUUUACGACAUCCAUGGGAAAUAGAUGGAGUGGUCCUAUUCCUUUUUUGCCGGUGCCGGGUACCACACAUUUUGUCCCAGUGGGAAAUAACAUAUGAUCAUUCAGCAGCAGCGAAAAACUAUCGCUGUUUCGCUUUCUAUCAUGGCGUAGAACGGGAGAGCGAUAGUUUUACGCGCGAUCAAAACGGCGUCGCGCGUGCCAUUCCACGGAGGCAGAAGUCCACUGCAAUAAUAUAAAAUAAACUAUUUUCAAUGAUUAUAACAUUCAAAGGAAAGAUAUCAGUUCGAUAUGAGUUAUCAUACUUAGUAUGAUGGAACUGAUAAAACGUCUUAUCUUUUCUUAUACAUUGCUAAUGCGUUUUUGUUAUUCGAUUGUGGAUUUCUAAAUCUAGACAAUGGGGAAAUAACUUGUAAAUAAAUGUUAUUAUAGGUACUUACAUAUACAUAUGUGUACAAAUUUCACAUACUCUUCAAAUACUUUCUUUUAUAUAUCUAUACUUAAGAGGAAGACAGAGGCAAUUGGGACAUGAUCAGCUGGAUGAAAUUGAGAUCUUAAACAGUUCAGUGCGCUAGCGCAUCUCCUCAAAGUAGAAUCCAAAGUGAAGCCGUUUCCAUAAUUAACUUUUACAAUAGUGCGGGAACAAACGCGCACUAUGUUUUUCUUUUCGCUACCAGACCAUGCCGUGUGGUUCCCGCCACUUUAAAAUAGAACAACUCCAUCUUAUCCCCAUGGAUAUCGUAAAAGGCGAUUAAGGAAUAAAUUUGGAAUUCUUUUAGGCGAUGGGCUAGCAACCUGUCGCAAUUGGAAUCUCAAUUCCAUUAUUUAACCAUACGGCUGAAAAUGACUCUUCAGUCUUUUCAACACUGUUACUUCUGCCUACCCCGUAAAGCAUAAAGACAUGAUCAUGAACAUACCACUAAGAUAUAUGCAUGUUUUCUAAUAUCAAUGUAACAUUCUCGAUAUUGUUUAUCAAAUCCGUUUUAAUCGCAGCCUAUAAUUAUUAUUAGUCACCGAUUGAUAAACUAGUGAUUUCACAAACAGGACUUGUCAACAAUAAAUUUAAUACGACUUUAUAUCUAUGCUCGUAAAGAUGAAAAUUACUGCAAAAUAUCAUUAGUUAGGUAAUAUAAAGUUUUCGUGUACUUAUAGAGGAUAGCUUAGCCCUAUUUAAUAUCACUGAAACAAUAUUUUAGAUAGAUACCAAUAUAAUUUGUAAAUAUACCAAAUCAUUACAAUUUCACAAAUUAAACCGCUGGAUGGAUUCUGAUAAAAUUUUGCACUGCGCUAGUUGUAGUAAGUUGGAAGUAAUUAUGCCAUUUUUUUUUCAACCAACAAUUUAAAAAAGACCAUUUUUAUAAAAUCCGUUGUCAAUCCUAACCUCUUAAAUAAAGCACACUUUAUACAUUUGAUAUUAAUGAACAUGAACAAUAUAAAUUAUUUAAAAGAAAAAUUAUGUAGCAUUAUAUAUUAUGUACUACAGAUAAUUUAUAUAUAAUUAGUUAUAUUUGUUUAAAGACAAACAGUUGACUUACUUUGUGCAUAAGAUAUUUCGUAAAACUAAUCUUUUGUAACGACAAAAAAGGAGGAGGUUACAAACCUAGGAAAGUCUUAAAAUAAAUUAAAAAAAAACAUUGUAUUUAGAGUUGAAAUAAAUAAAAAAACAUUGUAUCUUUUAUUUUUUAACAGGGUAUGGAGCUAUAUUAUACAAGAAAAAUGUUAAAAUUAUAUUUAUUUGGUUAAGUUUUUUGUUCAUCUAUUUCAUGUUUUUCUUUUUUUUUCAUAAGUACAUAGAUAUUUAUAUAAUAAAUUUAGUAGUAGUUAAGUUUACAAAAUUAACACAAGCAAGGGUAUAUUUCAAAUUCAGGGCAGAUUUUAACAUUCCUGUUUUUAUUUAAAAAAAAACACAUCACUAAAUUGUCUUAAUAUGUUCAUUAUAUUUGUCUUUUUUAUGUUCUCUUUUCCUCUCUAACAUCACAAUGUAUUCCCUAUUGCAUUCCUAAAAAGCUGAAUAUGGCAUAAAAAAAAAUUUGCAUUUAUAUAAAAUCAUGCUAAGCAUAAUAUUUUUUAGCAUACCUAGGAAAGUCUUAUCUUAAAAUUUCUUUUUAAGAUAAGACUUUCCUAGAUUGCAUUUUGCAUUGUUAGGUACUAAAUAUUUUGUAUUUAACAGGGUAGGGAGUCAUAUUUUACACGAAAAAUGUUUAAAUUACAUUUAUUUGGAUAAUCAUGUAGUAUUGGGUAUUUAAUAAAUUGUAUUUUGAAGUAAUUAAACGCACAAGUCGAAAAUAAAAAGGUGUGUGUACGUAUAUCAUAGUAUUUAUUUAAGUAUUUAUCAGAAACUGGCUGUAUAAUAGCUUAUGUUAAUAAGCACACGCACAUUAGACCGGGCUGUGCACUCUGCACGAUAUCGUACACCGAGCAUUAAGAGGGUUUUUCAAUAUCUUUAGCAAGUGAGAUGAGAUCUUCCGUCUCUCUCUCAUUUGAGGUUAACCAUGAAAAUAGAAAGAGAAGAUAUACCUUGUCAACAUUCGUGAUUUUGUAUGGUCGUUAGUUAACGUUACGUACCUACACAUUUUGUAUGAAGCCAUUACACAAAUUGAUUCAUACAAAAUGUGAACGUCACGAUUAAAAUCCGCGCCCCGCACAGUCGUCUCCAGAACGACUGUCACCAUAAAAAAAAGGCACUGCCCGCUCUAAUGAGUUUCACCUCUAGAAAAAGGUACAACAUACAUGUUUUAUACGUAGAUUAGUCUUGCCAUAAACUUGUAUACCCAGAUUGUUUAAUAAAAUGUAUGUUAUAAUU